AUGUCGUCCGUAAAUUGGAAUGUCGAUUACCUGGUCAUCCGCCUGGUGGUCUGGACGGGGCUGUGGCUGGGCGUGUGGAUCGACGGCAUCGCGCACAGGAAGAGCCGCGGGCGGGGCUGGAAGCUGCACUGGGGGUUCAGGGGUGUGGUCACGGCCUACCUGGUGGCGGGUGCCCUGGGGCUGGACAUCGGCCUGAGAAUGGACAAGGGGUCCCUGCAGAUAAAGGGGCUGGGCAGCGACGGGCCAUUCAUGGCGUACAUUUUCUUCAGAGACGUGGCGGACGCGGUGUUCAUGCUUCUCAUAAGCUUGGUGGCAUCGGGCUCUUGCAUAACAAGGAAUACAAUGGGGCCGAACAGAAAAGGCCAGCUGAGGAUAGUUGUGCUGCCCAUCGUGUAUGGCAUCACGUCUCUGAUGAUGGACUAUGUUCGUGUCACUGACUGCCCUGAGAUCGUGGCAAGGACAGCAGUUUCUGCACUGCAACCGGGGACAGAGUGUAACCAGGCCCUCGCGAAGACUGUGAUCGCAUCGGUUGUCUGGAAUAUGGUGUUUGUAUUCUCUUGGGUGUACGUCGUUGAGAGCUUGGCUCUAGAAAUCAAGAUCAUGAAGGAUGAUUUGGAGGGAGCACGUCCCACCACCAACCCACCAGAGGUCAGUGAUGGGGCUUACCCACCCUCGCAACAAGCUGGUGAGAGGGCUGCCGAUGGCAGCGAUCCGAAGCCUCAGGUCAUCCUUGGAGACGAUGAGCAAGGCACAGCACCCAAGACGGUUGAGAAUGCGUUCACGAUGGAGGGAAAACUGAGGCUGCUGAGCAGAUUCUACAGAUUCCUCAUGAUCUACAUCUUUGCAGCUUUGUUUGUCCACUUGCUUCCUCUUGGGGGCUACAAAGAGCCUAUUAAGUCUUGGACAGAGACCCUGGAUGUGCUGCACAACUUGGUCUUGUUCAUCUGUGUUACGUUCUUAAGGCCACUGGAUGACAAUCCCUACCUGCGGCUCGAAGAAGAUGGUGUAUUGGACACCGACACCAUAGUCACGACGGAGCUUGGGGUGAUCGCCAUGGAAGAGAAUCUGCCGCUUCUCACAACAGCGAGCUCUCGUCCAGCUUGA